AUGCUCGUCAUCAGUGCUGCCCUCAUCGUGUUCAUAUCCACCUUCGUUCAGCUGUUCUUAUCUCCAUUCACCAAAGUAGAGGAAUCCUUCAACCUCCAUGCGAUCCACGACUUUAUCCAUCAACCCAACCUUUCGGCCGUCGCUCAUGCCGGAGACCAUCUCCAAUUCCCUGGACCACUUCCUCGGACAUUCAUCGGCGCACUACUGAUUGGCGGCGUCUCAAGAGCCUUACUCCCGAUCCUCAGAUUCAUAGGCCUCGUACAUUCCAAAUUUGCAGAACAAAUCUUCGUCCGAGCUCUCCUUGCUAUCUUGAACUCGAGCUCAUUGGUCUACUUCGGCCUCUGUGCCAGAUUCGUCUUCGGCGACCUCGUCUCAAUCUCCAUGCUCUUACUCUCCGCCUCUCAAUUCCAUCUCGCUUUUUACGCAAGUCGCACAUUGCCCAACAUGUUCGCCUUCCCAUUCGUUCAAAUCGCAUUAGGGCAAUAUAUGAUUACCAUGAAGAGAGGCAAAACGAACUCGGCGCGAAAACAAGGGACAUUAAAUGCAUGCUCGUUUCUAACGAUUGCCGCAGUAAUUUUCCGACUGGAAUUAGUGGCUCUCUUGGCACCGAUCGUCCUACUAAGUUUGAUAUCUAAGCGGGUCACCUUCUGGCAGCUUGUGAGUCGAGGAUUUCUGGUUACUUUUGCUGGGCUAGAAAUGACCCUGCCUAUCGAUUCUUACUUUUGGCAAAAGUUGACUUGGCCAGAAGGCGCCUCUUUAAUUUUCAACGUACUUGAAGGCAAAUCGGCUGAAUGGGGUGUUAUGCCAUGGCACUUUUACUUGACAUCUUCGCUACCCAAGCUCCUAGGAAUCACUUACCCACUGGCACUCCUAGGAUUCGUGUUGAAUCGAAAGGUAUUCCUCCUGGGCGCGUGCACCUUAGUGUUUGUGGUCGCGAUGUCUUGUCUGGGUCAUAAGGAGACUAGAUUCAUCAUUUACAUCGUCCCAGUUUGGAAUCUUUCCACUUCAAUUUGCGUUCAUCGUAUAACCAGCCCUUUUCGUCACUCAAGAUGGAUCAAGUUGGGAUUAAUGUCACUCAUUGGGGUGGUCGCUGCGCUGAACAUGGCGUUUACAACUUAUCUCUCAAUGCACAACUAUCCUGGAGGAGCAGCCAUGAUGGCAUUGCACUCUCUGGAAGAUCUUCGACCCAUCCAAGAACUCAACAUCCAUCUGGACAAUUUAGUGUCCCAAACGGGUGGAUCACGCUUUCUCCAACUGAACGACCUGGAUGGAGCUCAAAACUAUCCGUUGACAACCAAAGGCCGUCUAUGGCGGUAUGACAAGCUGGCCAACAUCACAGAAUCCAGUCAUCAAUUCGAUGUGAUCCUUUCCGAACAGCCAGAGCUUCACAAUUUUCAAGCUUUGGAACAUGUCACAGCCUUCGAUGGGGUUCGACGGCGGCACUUCAAAGCUCCUCUAUCCGAUAGACUAUUCGACUUUGUCCAAUCUUGUUGGGCUAAGAAAGCUUGCUUCUCGUUUCACUCGAUGUGGGAUAUUUUGAGUCCCAUCGAAAUUGUCUUCAAUCACAAACAAAUCACGAUUUUCCUCCAAACAAAUCCAACUUAG